CUUGUAGCGGUCACGGUCGCAGAGGGAGACACGGCCAGACUCCCCUGCCGAUACCCCCGCCACCCCGACGAUACGGUCAGCCUCGUCCUCUGGUAUCUGAACCCCACGACGAGACCCUUCCUCAGUUACGACGCCCGCGCCAAUAUCGACCGGAGUGCCGUGGGCGUGGGCGGUGGGCGGCCGAGGAUGUCACUCAGCAGCGGCGGCACGUCCCUCGUCAUCAGCGACGCCAGAGCAGAGGACGAGGCGGAGUACAGGUGCCGGGUGCACUUCCGGUUGUCUCCGACGUGGACCCAGCGGCUUCUGCUCACCGUGCCAGAGGAGGUUGGGGAUGUGGAAAUAACAGACGGAACAGGCAGACCCUUGCCAGAUGGACGAUUAGGGCCACUACCAGAGGGUGCUGACCUCACUCUUGCUUGCCAGGCUAACCACGGUACCGCACGAGUCGUUAGCCUAGUAUGGCUUCUGGAGGGCGUUGACGUCGAUUCCACGUGGGCGCCGGCGACAAAGGGCGUGGCGAUCAAUCAGCUGACGAUCAGCGGGCUUGAGCAACGCCACCGCAACGCUCACCUCACCUGCCGCCUCACCACCUGGGACCCCGAUCACACCCACGUCGCCGCCAACAUCACCGACGCCUCCACCAUCAUCAACAUGUUCUACGUACCGGAAGCGACUCUGGUGGUGGAAGGAGGCAGACACAGCGCCGGGGGAGGGAGGGAGGUCAUGGAAGGCAAGAAUGUGAUGUUCAUCUGUUCCGUCAGGGCCGAUCCUCCUGCUUAUAACAUCACGUGGCUUCAUAAUGGUCGGGUCGUGGGCGUUGGUGGGCGUAGGUGGCGGCGGGACAACUCUUCCCUUGUGGUCACGCCCGUAUCACGCGAGGACGCCGGUCUGUAUACUUGCCUUGCGUCCAACACUGAGGGCGACGGACACUCCAACGCGGUCCUUCUGAGAGUCGCCCACACGCCGUACUGCUCGGGGAAUCCCCAGCGCCACUACGUCGUGGCCAAGAACACGACGGUGACCCUCACGUGCCAAGUCGAGGCCGUGCCGCAGGACCUCACCUUCGAGUGGAAGCUCGCGGCGCCGCCCAUCACGCACCUCGUCGGCGGGAAUGAUGCGGGGGGCGGGGUCGUCACGGGCGAAGGACCUCCCAAACGCAUCCCCAGCCUGAUUGACCUGACCCCGGGUCACCCGCAAGAACCCGAGCCCUGGGUGACCCCUGCCCCUCGACCCUACGAGGUCCCUCUGCCGGCGUCGUGGGAAGAGACGUCGAGGGAGGAAGCCGACUCGAAUGAGGCUCUCCUGAACCAUCGGCUGGACCCCGACAGCCCCACUCGGUCGGUGGUCUCCAUCACGCCCACUGCGCCCGCCCAGAUCAUCUGCUACGCCCGCAAUCGCGUCGGACGCACUAGAGUCCCGUGCACCUACACCCUAACGGUCGUUGAGCCUCCGGAGCCCCUGAAGGAGUGCAACAUCACGAACAUUGAAGAGACGCGGCUGGAGGUCAAGUGCGACACGCGAGCGCAUACGAGGUCACACGGAGGCGAGGACGGAGGUCAUGUACACCAUUCGCCGAGCUUGAGCUUCGUUAGGUCACCGGAGGCCAGCGCUCAGGCUAACCUCGAGGUUUGGUCCGGGGGAACGCUCAUAACCAACCUGAGCAAGCCACUGCCCGUUUUCUCGGUUCGUGGCUUGCCUCCUCAGUCAGAACUGCGACUUGUCUUGUACGCAGCAACAGCUCAUGCCAGAUCGGCGCCCGUCACGAUGUACACACGCACUCUCCCUCGCUCAACGGUGCAAAUACCAGCGCCCCCGCCCCCGACGAAGCCCAAGGACCAGAAGAAGAAAGGGCGCGACGACCAGAGCCAGUCCAGCGACGGUGGCAUGGGCGGCGGUCUGGGCGUGGCCAUAGGCGGGCUGGUGGGCGGCGUGGGCGUGAUGCUGCUCGUGCUGGUGCUCGUUAUCAUGCUCAUGAGGAGAAGACAGGCGAGGAGAGCGGCGGAGAUGGACUUGGAUCAGACUCCGGACCCCAUGCUCGGGGGGGUCCCGCACGAACUGCUAGACCGUGAAGUGAAUCUUGUGAGCAACUCUGGCGAUGCAACCAAACUGCCACUUCACACUCCGCCUCCGCCAAGGGUGGGGAGACGCCUGAGUCCGCCAGCAGCAGAGGAGGGAUGCAGCAGCGGGAGCGCAGCAGAGGUCACGGAGGCAUCCCCAGCAGAGGUCGACGUGUCCGGGUCAGGUCAAGGCCAGAAGAUGACCCCGGUCUGUGCUCGUGCCAGUGUUUCGCCGAAGAACAAGUGAAGUUCGAGCGGUCUUGUUUGAGGCUUGGGAGGUGAAUUUUGUUAUGUAUAUUUUGUAAUAAAGUUUUUUCUAUUACA